AUGAGAGUCCCGUUUAGGGUAAACAAAAGAUUGGCUACGCUACAGCUAAAAUACCAACCAAGACCUAUUCGAACUCUUCUGAAAGUUGUCAAGUAUGACAAAUCAGAUAUUAAUUCUGGACCACGAACACUCGAUUCAGUUUUAAGUUUCUUACCAACGUUGAAAGUACGCAAUAAUUAUAAUACAAAUAGUUCAGAAUCACCGGAUUUGUCCAAUCAUUCUAGUAAUGAAAACUGUAAUGUUUUUAUCUGUGUUUCACAAAGAGAUUUCCCAUUAGGAAUACAUCAACGGAUCCUACCGACUCUAGUUUGGAAAGGAAUUGAUCUAAACAAUGUACAUUGGGUACUUACAGAUGCCGACCAAAUCUGCAGUUAUCAUGGUGUUGCAAAAGUUUCACAACAAAACGUGGAAAUAGUAAAGAUGAGAUAUUUAAACGAUUUAAAUACUUACCUGGGGUUCUUCCGUGAUGUCAAAAUUAAGGACGAAAGCGUUGACGUUACCUCAUUAUUUGAGACAUAUCCCAACAGUGAAGAAAUGUUUAGGCCCUUGAAAAAGUACAAGGUUCACAUAUCCAACCUUCACCUCUAUUCUGCAAAACUACCAUGGACCGUUCCAUCUAUAAUGGAAUCAAUAGACUUUGAUUAUUCGGAGAAUUCAAGCAUGUAUGUGAUUGGUCAAACAAAUACGGGCAAAACUUCCUUGGUCAAAGAUAUACUAAGAACUACAAGUGAAUCAAUAAAUUCUGCAAAUCCUGACUGCAUAUCCGAUCACAAUAAAGUGAAGCCGGAACCGUACCCAUUCUCGUCAUCUUUCAACCAUUAUACUACGCCAGGUUUACAGAUAGUAGAUACGCCCGGUUAUGUGAGGAAAAAUGGUGGAAUUUGGGGGCAUGUGAAUAAAUGGGGGGCUGUUUUGUUGCAAAUCAAGAAAGAUUGGAAAGCACCGAAAGUAAAACAGCUGCGUCUAUGUCCUCGUUUUUCCCAGUACACUGGGAAGCCAAAUGUCAACAAUACAGGUUUUUCUAUUGGCAAACUUGUAUAUUUAAAACCGUGGACUAAGGAUAGCCAAGUGCAAAGUAUCAGCGUGAAAGUUGGUAGAAAUAUGCCAGGAUCUAUUAAACCGAUGUGUUUUUCUGAAAUACAAGAGAAACUAGCCAGCAAAGAAGGUAUUAUCAAAGAAAAGCAGUGGGUACGUUAUCUAGUGGAAGGUAACGAUUAUGAAAUUAUUUUGGAUAAUAUCGGUUCCUUCAAAGUGAAGACCCAUUGCGCAAGUAAGGUGUAUUGGGAGAUGAUACUACCGGAACGAGUAAGGGUCCUUUCAAGAUCAUAUGAUAAGGAGAAAGGUGUAUCCUUCUCCACUCUUGUGAGAAUAGAGAGUAAGAUUCCAAUUGCUUUGAAUAAUAUAGAAUAG